AUGUCUCGCAUGAAACGAGAAUUUAGUUGCGAUCAGUACUAUAAAUCAAACGGAGGAAAGAUUUUGGUAGCGGCCAUUCACUUUGGAACGACUUACAGCGGGUACGCAUUUUCCUUCAGUUAUGAUAGCAAAAAUCAUCCAUUAAACAUUCGCAUGAGCUGCUUUACCGGGCCAACUCAUUCAUGUUCUAUAAAGGCCCCAACUGCUGUGUUAUUUGAUGCUAGGAAACGGUUCCAUAGUUUCGGCUAUGAAGCAGAGGACAAAUAUUACGAGCUGGCUGCAGAAAACGAACAUCGUGAUUGGUACUUCUUCAGAAACUUCAAAAUGAAAUUCUGUAUUGAAAAGGCUGGUAUAGCAGAUGAGAAUUUGACAAUAGUGCUUGAGUCAGAGGCUGCGUCGAUAUAUUGUCAAGCAAUCGACCUGGAAAGGGAUCGCAGAUUUGCAACAAUUCAUGCUGGAACAAAGUAUAUGGUUAUUGAUUUAGAAGGAAGCACAGUAGACAUAACGGUGCAUGAAAAACAGAGUAAUGAUGGACUGAAGGAAUUAUUCAAGGCUUCUGGUGGAUCAUGGUUUAGUACAAAAGUUGACGAAGAAUUUUAUCAGUUAAUCAUAUCGGUCGUCGGAGAGGAAGUAUUUAGAAAGUUUUGCAAUGAAUACACAGAAUAUUAUCUAGACUUACAAAGGGAAUUGGAAAUCAAGAAACAAAUCCAAAAGUCUACUGGGACAAUAUCGCUCAAAGUCCCGGCUUGUUUUCACGACAUAUACAAGAAAGAGAAAGGAAAAGACAUUCAAACCGCAGUAAGAGAAUCUAAAUAUGAUGGGAAAAUAGCUUGGCUUCGUGAUAAAAUUAGAAUGGAUAAUGAUGUUUGGAAUGGUUUUUUCAAACCUUGCUGUGAUAAUAUCGUUAGACAUAUCUCUUAUCUGCUUGAUGGCAUGGCUGUGAAAGGAACGAGUGUAUUUUUGAUGGUUGGUGGAAUUUCAAAUUGUGAGAUAAUACAAAAUGCUGUCAAGAAUGCAUUUCCUUCUGUGAAAAUCAUUAUACCUGAGAGAGCUGAGGAAGCUGUUCUUAAAGGAUCCGUAAUCUUUGGACACCGACCACUGGCUAUAACAUCUUGCGUUUCCAAAUACACAUACGGCAUAUGCACAUCGCCUUUAUUCGAUAGUUCCAUUCAUCCAGAAUUUCGUCGCGUAACCAUCAAUGGAAAAGACCGCUGCAGAGAUGUCUUCAAGACGUAUAUAUAUGCGGGAGAAAAUGUAAGAGUAGGCGAUGCAAGAUCAGGGAAACAUUCAACUCUAUGGCCGCGUCAGAAAGAAAUGAAAUUGAAGAUGUAUGUAUCCACUCGUCCGAAUCCCAUGUAUGUAGACGAAAAUGAUACGGAAUAUAUUGGUGAUGUUGUCGUCCACCUUCCAGAGAGCGAUGAACUGAGUGUUGUUUACGUUAAAAUGAUAUUUGGUGAGACUGAACUCAUGGUAGUUGCUACAGAAUUGUCACAGCACAUACGUUAUUCAGCGUUUUUUGAUUUUCUUUAG